AUGACUUCGACGCGAGAGAAAGAUAAUAUACCGAUGGGCGGAGGAAAGGACUACCCACCAACAUACGAUAACGUCGCUCAAUUCGUAGUCGAGUGGAAUGGACCGGACGAUCUUAGAAAUCCUCAGAACUGGCCCAGUCUCCGAAAACUUUACAUAUCUCUCAUCGUCUGCAGUGGCGCUUUCGUAGCCUGCUUCAACAGCGCCAUUUUCGCCGCAGGAGUAGUGGGGGCCAGUGACGAGCUCCAUAUCAGCGAAGAAGUCGGCCAGCUAGGGACGACACUGUUCGUGCUAGGCUUCGCAGCAGGCCCUCCGCUUUGGGCACCCUCGUCUGAGCUCUACGGCCGUAGAUGGCCGUUGUUCAUCGGCAUGCUCGGAACGUCAAUCUUCACCAUCGCUUGUGCGGCCGCGAAAGACGCACAGACCCUCCUCACAUGCCGGUUCUUUGCCGGAGUGUUCGGUGCAAGCCCUUUGUGUGUGGUACCUGGAGUGCUGUCUGAUAUGUACAGCAGCGGAUACCGCGGCAUGGCAAUAUCAAUCUAUGCCUUGACAGUUUUCGGUGGUCCACUGUUGGCACCGAUCAUCGGGAGCUUCAUCGCGGCCAGUUAUCUGGGCUGGAGGUGGACACAGUAUCUGCCGGCUAUACUAGGCUUCGCGAACGCCUUCCUCAUGUUGCUGUUCCUGAGAGAAACAUAUGCACCGCUCGUACUCGCGGAGAAAGCCAGUAUUAUCCGAAGACAGACCGGCAAUACCUUCAUUCAUGCACCCCAUGAGAAGCGUGAAGUCGACUUGCAGGACAUGAUGAACAAGUACUUCGCUCGCCCGCUUCGAAUGCUGGUCACCGAACCAACGGUACUGCUGGUAUCGUUGUACAUGAGCUUCAUAUAUGGCAUCGUAUAUGCGCUGCUGGAAGCCUAUCCCUUCGUAUACAGUAGUGUGCACGGCUGGGACUCUGGCGUCGCAUAUCUACCAUUUAUCGGUCUACUGCUUGGCGUCUGCUGCGCUCUGGCACUGAUCCUGUCUCAGCAGAAGAGCUACGCUCGAAAGUUAGAGGCACAUGGUGGCGUUGCAGUACCAGAAUGGCGACUUUAUCCUGCGAUGCUCGGUGCUUUCGUCUUUCCAAUCGGUCUAUUCUGGUGA